AUGAAAUAUCAAAGUAGAAAGGAAAACCAUGGGGAAAACAAGGAAAGUGGAGAUAAACAAUCCUCGUCAUUGAUCGACUCUUUAAGAGUUCAAAUUAGCAAAGUUUCAGCCUUGAAUAGAUUUCGGUUUAUUAAUGGUAAUAAAAAGCCAUUUGAAAGUGAAAAUGAGGUUCAAAUUGGUGAUAUUGCUGAUAAAAUUCGCAAUAAGAUCUCAAUAAAUAGGUUAAGUAAAAGUCCAGAGCUAGAUUCUAUAGAUGGAAACCAUUCUGAACAUAUUGGAGACUCAUAUUCACCAUUUAGGAAAAGAAAUAAAAACUCUGAAAGAUCUUUGCUGCAAGAUAAAAUGACAAAUUUUGCGCAAUCUAGAUCAGAACUUGAGAACCUUUUACUUUAUAACAUUAACAAGCUUCGUCGUGAACAAAUAAAGCUGAGAAAUUACCAAUUAAAUAAGAAUAAUACUCAAGAUGAGAAUGAGAUUUUAUUUCCAAAUAUUUACACACCACUUUCAUCUAUGAAAUUCAUGAAUAUCCAAGAGCUAUAUUUGUUUCUUUCAUUGUUUUACCAAAAUGGUCAGGCUGAGCAAACUUUAGCCAAUUUGAAUAAUCUUCAGAUUAUAUUUUUUACGCCUGAAAGUACUUCAACUUCAAAUUCCUCGACUAUUAUUACGGGAAGAUACACUAAAAUAUUAGAUGACGAAUAUUUGUUUUUAAACAAUGCAUCCGCUUCAAAAUUUAUUCUGAAUUCCACAAAUUUCAAAGAUUAUAGAAUCCGACAAUAUCCAGGAUUUUUCAACUGUGGUCUUCAUAUUCAUUAA